CUUUCUUCGAUCGUCCAACACAUUUUCCCUUUAAAAAUACCCAUCUGCAUCCUCGCCACGUCUACAAGGCAACAAUGGCCGAUAUCAAACCACCUUUCACCAAGGAGACUGCUGAGAAGAAAGUCAAAGCAGCUCAGGACAUGUGGAACACUCAGGAUCCCCCACGAAUUGCGCAGGCAUACACUCCAACUUGCAUCUGGCGUAACCGUACCUUUUUCUUUUCGGGCACUGAUGCCAUUGUUGAGUUUCUGACAGCCAAGUGGAAGCGAGAACACAACUAUCGUCUGCGGAAGGAACUCUUUGCUUUCCGCGACGAUCGCAUUGCUGUGCAAUUCUGGUACGAGUACCAAGACGUAGAUGAUGGGAUGCGCUGGAAGCGUUGCUAUGGAUUGGAGGAUUGGACCUUUGAUCGGGAAACUGGGAAGAUGUGCAAGCGCAUGAUGAGCGGUAACGAUCUGCUUCUCGGCCCAGACGGGAAUGGCGAAGGGCGUUGGUUUGUCGACGGGGUUGAUGUGAAUGACGUCUCCAUUGGCCCGGAGCAUUGGUGA